AUGUCAACUGCAGGCUGACUGAAGCAGCGGAUAUGACAGCGCUGACCCAUUUCUGCUGUAAUGAAGCAGCUUCCGGGUCACAGGACACCAGCACUAAACAUGGCGGAGGAGCUGUUGGAAGUGGUGGAGAGACUUCAGUCUCGGCUCUCCGAAAACCUAGAGCCUCGCAAGCUCCUGAAGACCCUCAAAAGGCUGGGGGAGCUGCCUAUGACUGUGGAUAUCCUUGUGGAAACUGGAGUAGGAAAAACUGUGAAUUCGUUCCGGAAACAUGAUCUUGCUGGAGAUCUUGCGAAGAGCCUUGUGGCCAAGUGGAAGAAACUGGUUCCCACCCCGUCUGCUGAAAGACCCAGCAACGCGAAGGAUGUACGGACACACGCGCACCCUCGCAGCUCCGAGGGAAAGGACGGGAGGCGCGAACGUGUUCGGGAACUAUCCCCGGAGGAGCCGCCUCCUCAUGUAGAGGACGACGACGAAGAGGAGGAGGAAAGAGGCUACCGCACAAACUACUCCCCCUCCCCCCCUCAGCACCACUACAGCCCCCCACAGGUUGGCCACGGUGGCCAACGAGGGGGGUACCUGUCGGAGGGCUACGAGAGCCCCACGGAGGAAGAGCCAGAGCCCGUGCCCAGCCCCCCUCGCAAAGAGGUCCGACACGCCAAACCGCAAAAAGAGCCUGGGAGGGAGCAUCACGGUUCCCACGGCGACCGGGGCGAGGAGAGACGGCAACGUCACGCCCAGGCGAGCAGCCGUGGUGGGGAAGGGAAGAAGAGCAGUGUGGGAAAGGAACCGCAGCACAGUGGCAAGGCCUCCAAGCACAGUCGGCACUCUACGCAGCACGAGAGCAAGAAGGACAAGAGAGGGGGAAGUGAUGGGAGGUCACGUGAGCCUAGGGACUCUCCUAUAUUAGCCCAGACACCUGAGGAGCAGGCAGAAGAGGCAUUUGAUACCCCCACCGUGUCGUUUGAAUCCUUCCUCACAUAUGACGCCCCUACGCCCACUAAGAAGAAGAAGAAGCCCGGCAGCAGCAGUCGGCCCUCCUCCCACCACACCUCCCACCACCACACACCUCGUCCUCCUGUCCAGCCUUCGCCUGCUGCCCCUUCCUCCUCCAAGGAGUCCAAGCCCAGCAAGGCAAACGGGAACCGCAGUAAGAGGGCUGAUCCAGCCCAGACCCCAACGGCAACGACCCCGGUGCCUGAGAAACGCAGGAGGGUGGUCGAGGUUGUGUCCACACUGCCUGAUAUCCCUCUGCCGGCCAUCCAGCCUUACUACAGACCUCUGCCUUCCAUUGAUCUCACACCAUUGUCCCCUCAGCGGCGCAAAGGUCCUGUGUCAAAUGACGCCGAGGAGGACACCGGCUUCACUGGGAGACGCUUUAACUCUAAAAUGACUGUCUACUCGGGUUCAAAGACGUCUUAUCUGCCCAAGAUGAUGAGCCUGUACGAGCAGUGCAUCAGGGUGCUACAAAACAACAUUGACUCAAUUGAUGAGGUGGGAGGCGUGCCUUUUGAGAUACUGGAACCAGUACUAGAGCGAUGCACCCCAGAACAGCUUUACCGCAUUGAGCAGUGCAAUCAGUGUUUUAUGGAGGACUCUGAUGAGCUUUGGCAACGCCACUGCCAGCGUGACUUCAAGCGUGAGACGCCCCAGGAGUACGAAUCAUGGCGGGAGAUGUACCUGCGGAAACACGACGAGCGGGAGGAGCGCCUGCGCAAGCUCACCCAAAACAUCAGCUCGGCCCAUGCCAACAAGCCCAAAGGUCGACAGGUUAAAAUGGCAUUCGUGAACUCAGUCGCAAAACCUCCACGUGAUGUCCGCCGGCGACAGGAGAAGUUUGGCACCACAAGCACCUCCACUGCCAGCUCCACCGCAGCUGCUGCUCCGAUCAAAAUAAGGCCAGCCAUGUCUUAUAGCUCUCACUUGGCUGAGCCCAGCCUCUCCUCCUCUCACGACAGUCCCCCUGAGACCUCUCGCUCCUCAGGCCCCAGCGGUGGGGGUUGCCCCAGCGCAAGAGACAACAAGCCACAGGUCAAAAAAAUCGCCCCCAUGAUGGCUAAAACUAUCAAAGCUUUCAAGAACAGAUUCUCCCGCCGAUAGAGUUGGAGAGAGAUGAAUGUAUGGAGUUAUUGAGAAGAAGAGAGAUUGUAGGAGCUAAGUGAGCUAAGCUCUUUUUUUUUUUAAUUCAAUGAAUUAUGGAAGAUCUACAAACCCCGACCAGACAUGUGUACACACAGACACACACACAGAUUUAUUCCAUUAUUUUAGCAUUUCUUAAAUACACACACAAUUGUCCUAUUUUUUUUUUAACUGUUCCCAGUUUGACCCUGGCAAACACACACUUGUACACACACAGACAAAAUAACAUUUCAAAGGUGAAACUAGUCAUUUGUUACAAGUUCAUACAAGCAGUAUCACACUACAGAGGGACUCUGACAGACAGAACUAUUCUUUAUUAUGGUACUCAUAAGUUAAGACGUCAAACUACAUAGUGCUGUUACAGUCAGUCAUGUUUUUUUUUAAAUACAAUUGAGUAGACAUCCUUUUACUCCAGUGUAUUCCCACUUUCUUUUCCUACUGUGUUCAGUGUUGAACCACAUGUGCAUCUCUACUUUUAUCUGGUUCACUGUGAUGAGUGAGGAAAGAAGUGACUGUGGGAAGAGGAAAACACAAAAAGGGAGAGAGUAAAGAGCAAGUGAUAGGACCCUGCAGCUUCACUCGUAUGUAUUUAUUUUAAACUCUGGGACCCCGGGGUCACCCUGAACCCAGACCCAAAUGGAAGUGGAUGAAAUAGUAAUUUUAAUAGAUUUUAAUAAAUGUUAUAUGGACAUUUUUAAUAAAAUUGACUUUUUGCCCUCAUA